AAGUAGAGUGCCAAGGUAAUCUCAUUGAGAAAAAUUGGAUUGAAUCAGAUGUAGGGGGAAGCCCCAGAAGAAGACACUCUAUCAGUGGAUCAAACUACUCAGAGGAAGAAGUUGUUUUGAGUAAGAGAAGACAGUCUGAUUGUUUUGUAUGUUCAAAAGAAAUGGAAAAGGAAUCAGUGCCAUUAUCUGUUCAACAAUCUGGUUUAGAGAUUGCACAAAGACCACAAUAUUUUGGCAAUUGCCAAGAGGCUAACAAGCUUUUGGUUUCUUCAGAUGUUGAGAAGAGGGCCCUACGUGUUCCUAAUCCCCCUCCAAGGCCUUCAUGUUCUAUUUCUAGCAAAACAAAACAAGAAAGUUCAGCUCAAGUUCCACCUCCUCCACCUCCACCUCCUCCACCACCUCCGAUGAAUUUUGCAUCGAGAAGUAACACGGCCACUGUGAAACGAGCCCCACAAGUGGUGGAAUUGUACCAUUCACUUAUGAAGAGAGACUCUAGAAAAGAUUCUUCUAAUGGAGGACUAUCUGAUGCACCUGAUGUUGCUGAUGUUCGUAGUAGCAUGAUAGGAGAAAUUGAAAAUCGUUCAUCACACUUGCUUGCU